AUGCAGUCUUCCACUUUCCUGAUGGCCAUUUUGGUGGUUGCCAUGCUCAUGUUGUUCAGCGCUCCUGCAACUGAGGCCACUUUCCUCUUGAUCGCCUGCAUGCUGCGAUCUCCACUUUGCCCAUGGAUCACCACCGCCACCACCACCACCAAAGCAUAA